AUGUCUUUGUCCAACAAGCUGGCCAUCACCGAUGUCGAUCUCAAGGGGAAGCGUGUGUUGAUUCGCGUUGACUUCAACGUACCGUUGGAUAACAACAAAAAAAUCACAAACAACCAGCGGAUUGCCGGUGCAUUGCCUACAAUUCAAUUUGCCAUCGACAAUGGCGCUAAGGCUGUUAUUUUAAUGUCUCACCUUGGGCGGCCAGACGGAAAGCCGAAUGAAAAAUACAGCUUAGCCCCCGUGGCGCCAGAGCUGGAAAAGCUCCUGAACAAGCCCGUUGUCUUCGUGAACGAUUGUGUUGGAAGUGAAGUUCAGGGUGCCAUUUCCGCAGCCAAGGAUGGCCAGGUUAUUCUUCUUGAAAAUCUUCGCUUUCACCCUGAAGAAGAAGGAAGUUACAAAGAUGAAGAAGGUAAAAAAGUGAAGGCCGAUAAGGGCAAAGUCGAAGAGUUCCGCAAGCAGCUGACAGCAUUGGGUGAUGUGUAUAUUAAUGACGCAUUUGGAACUGCUCAUAGAGCCCACAGUUCGAUGGUUGGAAUUGAUCUGUCUCAGAAGGCUUCAGGGUUCCUGGUAAAGAAAGAACUUGAAUAUUUCGCUAAGGUCCUUGAGAACCCUCAGCGACCAUUCUUGGCAAUUCUCGGAGGUGCCAAAGUCUCUGACAAAAUUCAAUUGAUUGACAAUCUUCUUGGAAAAGUCAACAGCUUGAUUAUCUGCGGUGGUAUGGCAUUCACCUUUAAGAAAGUGAUCAACGACAUGAAGAUCGGAAAUAGCUUGUUUGAUGAAGCUGGAAGUAAGACCGUCAAUGACAUAAUGGAAAAGGCGAAGAAGAACAAUGUGAAGGUUGUUCUUCCAGAAGACUUUAUUACGGGCGAUAGAUUUGCCGCUGAUGCUGAAGUUGGCUAUGCAACAGAUGCAGAUGGAAUUCCAGACGGCUGGAUGGGUCUUGACUGUGGUGGAAAGAGUAUCGAACUCUUCAAAGAAGCCAUUGGUGAAGCAAAGACGAUUCUUUGGAACGGUCCUCCUGGCGUGUUCGAAAUGGAUGCGUUCGCAAAUGCUACAAAGAAGACACUUGACGCCGCCGUGGCAGCAGCAAAAGAUGGUAAAGUGGUUAUUAUUGGUGGCGGCGACACGGCGACGGUGGCUGCCAAGUACGGUGUCGAGAAGGACCUGAGCCACGUUUCUACUGGCGGUGGUGCUUCCCUGGAGCUUCUUGAGGGCAAAGACCUCCCUGGAGUUUCAGCUCUCUCAAGCAAAUAG